AUGCCAGCUUCAUUCUCUAUAAAUGGUGAUUUUACACGUACUGGGCGUCGUGAUAUAAAAGGAGUUUUUGCUGAUGGGAAAAUUUCAGCAAAUCGUUAUUAUCGUCGUUUCAAAAAGGAUACUUUACGACAGCAAUGCUAUGAUGCCAUGCAAAAACAAAAAACAUCAAACAUGGAAACAAAUAAAGAAGUUAUUACCACAGUUAAUCCUGAUUUCGUUGAUAUGCCAAUGGAAUCAACAACAAAUCGUGAAGAAAUCUUAAAACAAAUGAUAUUUGAUUGUCGAAAAAUGUUUGUUUGUGAAGAAACUGAAGAUUGUUUUGGUACUUGGCCUCUUAUUGACGAUAGUGAAUUGAAUGAAGUAUUAAUCGAACAAUCGGAGCCGGAUUGUGUUCUUGUUCUAACAUCUGCUCGAUAUUUCAUUGUUUGUUAUGAUGAAACAUUUCAAAAAGUUGUUUCAUUCAAAGAAACUCCAUUGGCAUUCAUAAAUAGUAUUGAAGUUGGUGAAAACCCAUUAUCACCGCCAGGUAGCUCAUGGACACUUCGUAUUUAUUAUACAAAAGAUGAACAAACAACUGGUUAUUAUCAUCAAUUUCGUGGUACAAAUGUUCAAGUUUUUAAUGCAGCAGUCAUGUUUCUAAAAGAUAUUGAUCAAAUAAAUGAUUAUGUGAAAACAAUCGGACAAAUGAUUGUAUCUAUCGUAAAUUCUUUUGUACAAAAGUCAGUUGAACUCAAAGAAAGAAAAUUAAAUAGAAUGAAUAGUUUGCCAGAUAGUGUGGAACCGUUACAAAAGCGAAUGAGUUUUUCUGCAACAGAUAUGCCAUCACUUGCUACAAUGAACAAUGUUGCAACAUCGAAUAAUAAGGCAGCAAUCAGUAAAAUUAAAGAUCUUGGUUCACGAUUUUCAUCAAUGGUUACUCGACAAGCAGCGCCUACAUUCAAUAGGUUAACAAUGCAAGCGAAACAAUUACCAAUAAAUGAAAAAGUAACAUCAUUACUAAAAGCCAUUGGUGACGGUUCAUCGUUGAUUCGAGCUAGUACAACAAAAACAGGAGGAGACGACGGUCGUGCAUCGCCAACAUCUGAAAAUAAUCGGAAAAAAUUAUUACAAGAGAAAUUCGACGACAGAAAAAACGAACUAUCUUCUUUACCAUGUCAAACGAAAUGUUUUCUAUUGCCGUCUCCUGAUCUCAGUCUUAUUUACAUACCAAAUCAUGAACUAAAUUAA